GCUGGGCUGGGAUCUGGUGCCCAAUCUAAAUGGUUACCAAGCUGACGUAAACUGAUAGUAAUUCAGAUCUUACGAGGAAAUUGUUAUUAUUCAAUUUUACAACCUUACCUUCAGGAGAUCUGAGGAAGUUUGACGCCAUUCCCAAGACAGAUUCGUCGAGAAUACUUCUAUGGGUGACAGUCCAGAUAUUCGUCUGGGAAAUGCGCAAAUUUCAGCCGGCGAAAUUGAUCAUGUGGAGUUGUUGUCUUCUCAGGCGAGCGCCCUUUAUCGCUCUCAAGAAUUCACUGACGUUACAUUUGUGGUGGAGGGGUCGAAAUUUUUUGCCCACAGAGUCAUGCUAGCGGCCCGAAGCGAGUAUUUCAGGGCACUGUUGUAUGGUGGAAUGAGAGAGACCAAUCCAGAAACCGAGAUAGAACUUAAGGACACCACUGCGCCAGCUUUCGAUGCGCUGCUGAAAUAUGUUUACUCUGGGAAAAUGUUCCUUGGCGAUUACAAGGAGGAAACUAUCUUGGAACUGUUGAGUCUCGCGCACAAAUAUGGGUUUCUAGCUCUGGAAAGUGCCCUUCAAGGCUACCUCAAAGCUAUCUUGAGCAUCAGGAACGUUUGUGUUGUUUUCGACGCGGCCGUGUUGUAUCAAAUGAACGAUUUGUACACGACCUGUUUGAGCUUUCUGGACCGCAAUGCAGUAGAGGUGUUAUCCACGGAGGGAUUUUCGUGCCUCACGAAAUCUGCGUUGAUAGAAAUAAUCAAAAGAGACUCGUUUUGUGCGCCUGAAAAUCAGAUCUUCAGGGCUGUGAAGGAAUGGGUGGAAUCUGCCGAAGAGAUGUGCAAAGCUGAUUUGAAGGACAUCUUGGAUAAAGUUCGUCUUCCACUCAUUAGUUUGCACGAUUUGUUCAACAUUGUCCGCCCUUCAGAUUUGUUCUCUCCGGAUGCUAUUCUCGAUGCAAUUCGAAUUAAAACAGAGAGUCGGGUCAAUGAAAUUAACUUUCGAGGGCAUUUGGUUCCAGAAGAAAAUAUUGCAACUUCUCGACAUGGAGCUGAGGUGAUCGAAGGAGAGAUGCGAGAGUGCUUGUUAGACGGCGACACUACAACUUUUGACUUGGACCGUGGUUUUACAAGACACCUCAUUUUGGAAGGGGACAAGGGCAUCUGUAUUUCCUUGGGAAGACCCAGUAUCAUUAACACUAUUAAAUUAUUGCUUUGGAAUAAAGACUCCAGAUCGUAUUCAUACUACAUUGAGGUGUCUAUGGACAACGAAGACUGGAUCAGGAUUAUAGACUAUACCAAGUAUUUCUGUAGGUCCUGGCAGACACUGCAUUUUAAGCCACGGGUUGUCAGGUAUAUCAGGGUCUAUGGAGUACACAACACUGUUAACAAGGUUUUUCACCUGGUGCACUUUGAGUGCUGCUACUCUAAUACCAUGUAUGAGUUGGGAGAAGAUGGUGUUAUUGUUCCCUCAGAGAAUGUUGCCUUACCCUCUCUGGGAGCAAGUGUAAUUGAGGGUGUGAGCCGCAGUCGGAAUGCCCUCCUGAAUGGAGAAGUUGGAAAUUAUGACUGGAACAUUGGUUACACUUGCCAUCAGUUAGGAAGUGGAGCCAUUGUGGUACAGUUACCUCAACCUUACAUCAUCAGCACAAUGAAACUUCUACUCUGGGACCUUGACGAGCGGCGAUACAGUUAUUACAUCGAGGUUUCAUGUGAUCAGCUGAAUUGGGUUCGAGUUGUAGACAAGACAAAGGAAGUGUGCAGGUCAUGGCAAUACCUUUCCUUUGAGCCCAGACCAGUUGUCUUUGUGCGCAUUGUUGGUGUUGAGAACACAGCAAAUGAGGUGUUUCACUGUGUCCAUUUCGAGUGUCCAGCCAAUCAGAAGGAACCUAGUAUCUGCGGCAGUGACAGAACAGACAGCUCUGAGAACAGCGUCGUAUCAGAUACAACAAUCAGCUCCAUAAUGUGAUCAUUAACAAUAAUCCUCAUGUGUCAUACUAUGUCAUAGCAUAGUAUAACUAGAGAAGAGAACACGUGUAACUUAUUCACUAUUGUUCCUAAUCAGCUUGUUGACAUUGCCGUUAACUACUUACAACAUACAAUACAAAUUCAGCUUCAACUUUGUUACCUAAAAAUAGAAUUCA